ACACCUAAUAUUUAUAAAAAUUUUUGUUAUAGAUAGUUCGGCAAAUAAAUUGAUCAAGUUUUAAAAUAUUGCCAUAUAAUUUCUUAUUACUAUAGAAACCUAUGUGGUUAAAUUAGAGCUAACAAGAGACAACAGUGCUACGAUUUGUAUUGAAACUGUGUAGACUUUGCCAAAUAAGGGCAAUUUUGUCGAGAGUCGGCAAAAAUUUGCUUGCAAAGAAAAGUAUGCUAAUAAUUUGAAACCGCAAUACAGAAAACCUUUAUUUCGCAUCAUCCGGGGUCUGUUGAAUUGUGCAAAACAAUAACAACAAAGAUGGCCAGCGCCUUGGAAAACUUUGUCAAUAGUGUGAGGAGUCUCAGUUCGUCGGGUGCCUUUGAAGAACUGGCCACUCAUCUUUUGGAUACUACCGAAAUAUUAACAAAAAAUUGGAAUAUUCUCGAUAAUGUCCUGGAGACACUGGAUGUGCAACAACAUUCGCUGGGAGUACUUUAUGUGCUGAUAGCAAAGUUUAACAGUCUGCCGAACUCCAAUGCUGAUGUGGAUAUCCUGUUGAAAUCUGUCAAAGACUUUAUACAGCAGUGUAACUCGUAUCAAGUUCGUUUGGCGGCUCAUGCAUAUUAUGAAUUAUGCCAUCAAUUUACAAAUACCAUGGUUGUACAACCCCGUUGCAUACAUGGCCUUACAACGCUCGCUGCUGCCAUCGAUAAGAUACGCACAAGUGAUACCCAGCUAACGCCAAUUCAUGCAGAUUUGUGCCAGCUGAGCCUUAAAUCGAAAUGUUUUCGCGUAGCACUUAAAUAUUUGGAUGUUGAUAUAACAACAAUAUCAACAGCUGCCGAGACCAGGGGACAAAAUCAAACGGAUACAACAAAUAAUGAUGCCAAAUACUUUUUACUUUAUUACUAUUAUGGUGGCAUGAUAUACACUGCUAUGAAGAACUAUGAGAGAGCCUUGUACUUUUUUGAAGUGUGCAUAUCGACUCCUGCUAUGGCCAUGUCAUACAUAAUGUUAGAAGCCUAUAAGAAAUUCAUAUUGGUUUCAUUAAUAUUGCACGGAAAGAUACAACCUAUACCCAAAUAUGCAUCUCAAGUCAUAUCGCGCUUUAUGAAACCCAUUGCCCAGGUCUAUCAUAAUCUAGCAGUGGCUUAUGCCACAACAUUUAGCGAAGAAGUGCGAAAUUGCAUUAGUAAAUAUAGUGAAACAUUUCAACGUGAUAACAAUAUGGGUUUAGUUAAACAGGUUGCCACUUCUUUGUAUAAGAAAAACAUCCAGAGAUUAACAAAAACCUUUUUGACAUUAUCUCUCUCCGAUGUUGCUAGUCGUGCCCAAUUACCAUCAGCUGCCGUAGCCGAGAAAUACGUAUUUAAUAUGAUCAAGUCCGGCGAAAUCUAUGCUACAAUCAAUCAAAGAGAUGGCAUGGUUAUAUUUAAAGAUGACCCGCAGAAAUACAAUUCAAAUGAGAUGUUCCUGAAUAUACAAGACGAUAUGGAUAAUGUUAUGGCCCUAGUGAAACAAAUUAACAAAAUGGAAGAAGACAUUAUUUUGAAUCCAAUUUAUAUUAAAAAGGCCGUAGGAAAUCCUGACGAUGAAUUGACGUCUCAAAAUGCAAAAGCUUUUGCGGGAGAUCCCAUUGAUUGAUCAUAUCAUUCAGCCCAUGUUUUAAACCGUUCAGAAGCUUUUAUAAGUUCUCAUAUGAAAUUUAAACAAUGCAGCACAUAUGUCAUCUUCAGCAGCCUUAUGCUCGAACACAUUAUUUCUCCAUUGUUUAAUAGUGAUAAGAAAUUUCGCAACAUAUUCACAAACAACAUAGCUACAGCCAACAAUAAUAACAACAAAAACUGCACUUCGAUACGACACUGUGGCACAACCAACCAAUCGCAACCACAACAACUACUUUGCCUAUUGAACAUUAUUAUAAAUAAUUGUUUUUAAAAGAAGAAAAGUAAAAUUUACAAAAGAAAAAUAACAUCAA